AUGCAACAUGUUGUCAAAGUCGUGAACAGUGUAAAGGCAAGGCCUAAGGCCAGUCGCCUCUUCAAGGUACUGUGCGAGGAGAUGGGUGCCGAGCACCAACACCUGCUCCUGCACACCGAGGUGCGUUGGUUGUUGAGCGGAAAAGUGCUCGCAAGGGUGCUCGAGCUUAGAGAGGAGCCGAGUCUUUUUUUGGCAGAAGAUAGGGCCCUCGGAGAUCCUUUUCAGGACUCUUCUUUUGUGGCAAAGCUUGCUUAUCUGUGUGACCUGUUUGAGCACCUGAACCAUCUUAACAGCAGCAUGCAGGGGAUGGGCACUAAUGUGGUCUCUUCUGGGGACAAGGCAAGAGGCUUCUGUAAAAAGCUUCAAAGUUGGUUGAGCCGGGUAAACAGAGGCGACUAUUCGUUUAAGCUGCUCGGUGGUCUUGCAGGCUCUGGAAUAGUAUCUGGAAGUGACAAAGCCACCAUCACGGCCCAUCUGAGCACAUUAAGGUGCCACAUUAAGGACUACUUCCCAGAAUCUGCCCCGGACACAUGGCUUGUGGCCCCUUUUGAGGCUGGCGUAGCUUGCUUUACAUAUGAAUGUGUCGAAGCUGAAAAUGAGCUGAUGGAGCUCCAGGAAAACACAGUGAUGAAGGCAAAGUUUGCCACUGUGAGCCUCGAGGCAUUUUGGUUGGGGACUGCAGAAUGUUCCCCCUUCUCCACGAGAUGGCUGUAA